UGACAUGAUACUGUAGUGUCUUUUUUUAAUUGAGAGAUAAUAAUCAAGGGUGCAUGAAAUUCCAGAGUCACAAUGGAGAACUUAUCCAUCAUAGUUAGUUUUGAGCUAACCCUGGAUCCAUUUUACAUCCCUAUUGGAGCAAAAUAUCCCAUAUUUCUCUUUGGCGUCUUUAUCUACAUUUUCAGUGCCUUUUGUAAUUUGACCCUGUUACUCCUCAUCAUUAUGACACAAAGUCUCCAUAAGCCAAUAUACUUUAUUAUGUUCAGUCUUCCACUGAAUGAUUUUGUUGGAAUCACUUCCAUGCUUCCAAAGGUUCUUUCUGACAUUAUGACGGAAACCAAUACUACAUACUAUCCCCUCUGUGUGCUCCAGGGUUUUCUGCUCCACAUGUAUGGGGGUGGUGUUUUGUUCAUUCUGGCUGCCAUGGCUUUUGAUCGCUAUAUUGCUAUUUGUAUGCCUCUGCGAUACAAUGCUCUCAUGACACCAAGGUUUGUCAUGGGAAUUAUUGCUUUUGUAUGGGGCCUUGACCUUUUUUUCGUUCUUUUGCUGUUUUCUUUGCAGGGCAAGUAUUACAGAUGCAGAUCUAUCAUUUUUAAUGUGUUUUGUGAAAAUCCCUCUCUCCUUAAGCUGACCUGUGACAAUACCACAGUUAAUAAUAUCAUAGGCUUGUUCAACACAGCCAUGAUGCAGAUUAUUAGUGUUUCCAUUCAAGUAUUUUCCUAUGUAAAGAUUUUGAUUACCUGCUUGGUCAUGAGUAGGUCUGAUGUAAAGAGCAAGGCCAUCAACACAUGUGUUGCUCAACUGUCCAUUUUCAUCAUAUAUGAGGUUACUGGAACUUUCUACAUCUUGUCACACAGGUUCAAAAACGUAAACACAGAUGUGCAAAAGAUUAUGGGGAUGCUCAUUUUUCUAGUGCCUCCACUUCUGAAUCCAAUAGUUUAUGGAUUGAACAGUCAUGAAUUACGUAAUAGUCUACUAAAACUCAUACGCAGGAAAAUCUCAAAAAUGUAAAAUAUCUGUAAAAUGUAUUUAUGUCACUGUUUA